CAACUGGAGCGGCGGCGGCGGCGCGGCCGGGGCGCCGGGCUGCGCGUGGGACGAGGCCGAGACGGACUGGGAGGUGUCCUUCUCGCUGCUGCCCGUGCUCUACAUGCUGGUGUUCGUGCUGGGCCUGUCGGGCAACGGGCUGGUGAUCUUCACGGUGUGGCGCGGCGCGCCGGCCAAGCGCCGCUCGGCCGACACGUACAUCGGCCACCUGGCGCUGGCCGACCUGGCCUUCGUGGUGACGCUGCCGCUGUGGGCGGCCUACACGGCGCUGCGCUUCCACUGGCCCUUCGGCUCGGCGCUGUGCAAGCUCAGCAGCUACCUGGUGCUGCUCAACAUGUUCGCCUCGGCCUUCUGCCUGGGCUGCCUGAGCUUCGAGCGCUACCUGGCCAUCGUGCACGCGCUGCCGCGCUCGGCCGGCCGGGCCCCGUCCCGCGCGCGCGCCUCCACGCUGCUGGCGCUGGCCGCCGUCUGGCUGCUGGCCGGGCUGCUGGCGCUGCCGGCGCUGCUGCUGCGCGACACGCGGCCCCGCGGGCCCCUCGCCCCCGCCCCCGGCGCCAACGCCUCGGCCCAGGCCCAGGCCCAGGCGCCCGCCGCCGCCGCCGCCGUCGAGUGCGACAUGGACUUCAGCGGCGUGGCGUCAAGCGCCGAGGCCGAGGGCUACUGGCUGGCGGCGCUCAGCCUGGCCACCACGGCGCUGGGCUUCGUGCUGCCGCUGCUGCUCAUGACGCUGUGCUACUGCUGCAUCGGCGCCACCGUCAGCCGCCACUUCCAGAAGCACGCGCGCAAGGAGGAGGGCCGGCAGCGGCGGCGCCUGCUGCGCGUCAUCGCCACGCUGGUGGCCGUCUUCGCGGCCUGCUGGCUGCCCUUCCACGUGCUCAAGAGCGCCUACGUGCUGGCCUGGGUGGGCCUGCUGCGGCUGCCCUGCGCCUGGCUGGGCCUCAUCCUGCGCCUGCACCCCUACGCCACCUGCCUGGCCUACAUCAACAGCUGCCUCAACCCCUUCCUCUACGCCUUCUUCGACAGCCGCUUCCGCGCCCAGUGCCUGCUGCUGCUGGGCGUGCGCAAGGCGCGGCGCGCCCAGGCCGGCUCCGUCUCCUCCACCCUCAGCGGGCAGACCCAGAAGUCCGAGGUGCCUUCGCUGGGCACCAAGGUGUGACGCGGC